AUCUAUCUUCUCAUUAUCGGUUGAACAAGAUGAAAUGGGCGCGUUGAAAGUCAUCCAAUUGACCACAAUGUUGAAGCCGUCUCUCUUCGCGACUGAGAGCUUCAUCAAUUUCUCUCCGUGAAUUUGUAGGUCAGCUUUUGCGAGCUUUUAGAUUCUUUGCUGGGGAUUGAAAUCUUCUGCAAUGUUAAAACCUAAAGCCAUUGAUUGUCCAAGUAUAUGUUAUCGACCAAUCAAACCCUCAGACCGUGAAGUUUUGGAGCAAAUCCAUGGUAAUUUGUUUCCCAUCAGGUAUGAGUCGGAGUUUUUCCAUAAUGUUGUAAAUGGACGUGAAAUUGUGUCCUGGGCGGCGGUGGAUCGUAAUAGACCAGAUGGCAGAAGUGAUGAGCUUAUUGGAUUUGUGACUGCACGAAUUGUUCUAGCAAAAGACAGUGAGAUAUGUGAUUUACUUCAGCAUAAUUCAUCAAGCACGGAUCAAACUCUAGUAUACAUUCUUACACUGGGGGUAGUGGAAGCCUACAGAAACCUUGGAAUAGCUAGUUCACUUGUUCGAAAGGUAGUUAAAUAUGCCUCAGGCAUGCCAACCUGCCGAGCAGUUUAUUUGCACGUAAUUUCAUACAAUAGUACUGCUAUCAAUUUCUACACCAAAAUGUCAUUCAAGUGCCUACAAAGACUGCCGAGCUUUUACUUUAUCAAUGGCCGGCGUUAUGAUUCAUACCUGUUCGUCUACUAUGUGAAUGGCGGUCGAUCUCCAUGCUCUCUGUUAGAGAUAGUCAGUUUCAUGGUGAGUUAUAUAAGGGAUGGUAUCAAAUGUGUAAGUUCAAGGCUGAGGAAGAAUGAAAAAAGGAAGGUGUCGAAAUGGCCGAAAUGUAAAGAAUCUCAUAGCCUUAUAUCCAUGGCGCCGAGCAAGGGGAAUGUGGCAGUUGAGAGCAGUGGAUAUGAAUGUGUUUGACUCGAUUCUGAUGUUUAAACCGUAUAUGAUAAUAUGAUGAUAUGAUUGAUGAUAUUCGAUCCUCGAUGUAAUGAGCUUUGGCGGUGUUUUAACGAAAGUGAGGGUUUUGUAUUCUUAA